AUGCCGCCCAGGCUCCAACUCAACAUCCUCAGGCCAGCGUCUCCCCAGCGCUCCAGCUGGGAUGGCGACAACCAGGAUCAAAAUAACCUCCUUGCGCCCUCCAUCGAGGUGCUCCCCACGGGCACGCUCAAGCUCUACAAGUCCAUGCAGGCCUUUGAGUUCAAUCCACGGGGCAUGAUCGCCGCCGCCACCGCAGUCGCCCCCAAGCAGACGCACUCUUACAAGGCGAGAGCGGCGUGCAGUGGUAUCAGCGAGUGCGACGUGCGCAUGCUGCGCCAGCUGGGCGCCGGCGCCUGCGGCGUGGUGCACAAGGCCUGGCUGCCGCGCGAGGCGCGGUUCGUGGCGGUGAAGAAGAUCAGCGUGCUGGACCGUGGCAGCCGCCACCAGCUGAUGAACGACAUCAAGGCCUUGUGCAACGCGCCCCCCUGCGACGGCCUGGUCCAGUUCCACGGCGCCUACCACGCGGCCGACCGGGGUCAAAUCGCUGUCGUGCUGGAGUACGUGGACGGAGGCUCCCUGGCUGACGUCAUUGCCAAGGUGGGCGCCGUGCCCGAGCGCAUCCUGGCCCCCAUCACGGCGCGCGUGCUGCGUGCGCUGGGCGCGCUGCACGGCCGCCGCCUGCUGCACCGUGACAUCAAGCCCGCAAACGUGCUGCUGACGCGGGCGGGCGACCCGCGCGUCGCCGACUUUGGCAUCUCCGCCACCAUCCCCGAUGCGACGCUGGCCGCCUGCCACACCUUCACCGGCACGGUGACCUACAUGUCGCCGGAGAGGGUAGACGGCUUGCCCUAUGGCCUGCCCUCCGACGUCUGGGCCCUCGGCCUGACGUUGCUGGAGGCGGUGACGGGCAAGUACCCCUACGACGCCAGCGCCGGGGUCAUGCAGCUCAUGGUCCAGGUGAUGGAGGAGGAGUGCCCCCUGCCCGCGCCCGGCGCCGUCUCGCCCGCCUGCCGCUCCUUCCUAGCGGCCUGCCUGGCUCGCGAUCCGACAAAACGCGCCAGCAUUGAGGAGCUGCUGCGCCACCCCUGGGUCGCGGGGUCGGGCGCCCAGGGUGGCGUGCUGCAGCGCACGGCGAUGGCGGCCACGCUCCGCCAGUUCAUGCGCUGCACGCACGACGUGGAGGAGGCGCGGGGCGACGCCGUGCUCGCCGCCUGCGCCCGCUUUUUCCGGGCCCUAGCCACCAGCGGGCGGGCAGGCGAGGCGGGGGAGGGGGCCGCUGCUGGGGCCGACCUGCGUGAGUGGCGGGGAUGGAGGAGGUGGGAAGAGGGCCAGGGUAAAGCGGUGAGGGUGGGUGCCACAGAGCACUCGGGGCGGUACACCGCCGCCAAGACCGUGGAGCAGGCGAUGCGGCGUGGAGCCCCGGCAGAUGUGGGGCUCUGGGUGGAAAGCGUGGACUGGAAGAGCAUCACGGAAGAUGUUGUGGCGGUGACUGCCCACCUCAGCAUUCACCGGCAGGGAGAGAACCAAGGGCCACCACUGGCGGCCAGGGCCAAGCUGCACAUGCAGUUGGCAGGGGCGGAGGAACCUGGGCCAGGCAGCGCCACGGUCUUAUUGCUGGACCUAGGAGGACUGCUGGGUGUGUGGAGCUGA